CCACUCACAUUAAAGAGCCUGUAAAUAGAUCUAGCAGACACAGUCAGCACACUUCGCUUGUAUUGAGGAUGUAUCUGCCAUUGAUCAUUGGAUAAGGAUGUAUUUCCCUUUUUAAGGUCUGCCCUUAGGUUUUUUCAUCCAGGUCAAAGCCAUGGCGGCGGAUGUUGUAUCUCACAGCCUGAACCUCCUGGAGACUCUCAAAGAGUCUAUUGAGAACAACAAGCUGUCAGAUGUCAAGGAUGCUGUGGAGGACCUCCUGAUCAGCCGGAUCAACCUGGCCGUGGCAGGAGAGCGGGGGCCCGAGAAGUCUGCAUUCAUCAACGCCCUCCGUGGCCUGGGGCCUGAGGAUGAAGGAGCCGCCCUAUCCCCUUGCCCCACUUCUCCAGAGGAGAUGGCCAUCUAUCCCAACCCUAAGCACCCUGACUUCAGGCUCUGGGACUUGCCACCCACCCCCGCAGCCUCGCCCUUUGACCCAGAAGGGUACAUGGAGCGGGUGAAGUUCCUGCGGUACAACGUGGUGGUCAUGGCGUUCACACAGAGUCUCCAGGCCAACAGCGUGGCGGUGUUUCUGGAAGCCCGCUCUGUGCAGAGGGACACUGUGUACUUCGCCCUGCUGGCCUCGGAGAAGGACACAGAAAAGUGUCUGGAGGAGAGGCGGAAGGCCAGCCUGGAGUUGUUGAAGGCCCAGGGGGUGGCCCUGCCUAAGGUGUUCCUAGUGAGGCCCUCCUGUCUGGAGAAACUUGACUUCCCAGGACUCCUGGAGGAGAUGGAGAGGGACCUACCAGAGAUCCGGGCCCAUGCUCUCCUCCUGGCCCUGCCCACUCUCUCCCCAGUCCUGAUCACCCAGAAGAGAGACGCCUUCAAGGCCUUGGUCUGGGCUGCCGCGUCACUCUCUGGUGGGGUGUCGGCCAUCCCCGUGCCCCUGGUGGCCUCCAUGGUGGACGCCAGAGUGGGUGUGAGGAUCCUCACCAAGGCCAGGGCCUCGCUCUGUCUGGACGACGAGUCUGUUGAGCGGUUGGCACGGCAACGCGGCAUGGAGCCGGCACGGCUCAAAGCCCUGCGGACGUGUAACCUGUCGGCUGAAGUCACCAAGGGGGAGGUAAAGCUUCGGCUGGCAGUGGCAGAGAAGGAGUUGACCACCAACACGACCCGGCUGGUGGAGAUGGCCAUGCCCAGGCACGCCCGCUCAGCUGGUCGUUCCUUCACUGUCAUGUUGCAGGCUCUCAAUGGGGCCAUCGAUGAGAUGGUGGUUGACGCAGAGAAGAUACUGGCUGAUGCUGGUAUUGGAGAGGGGAAAUGAAGGAGGUCAAGAGGAGGGCUAGAAAUAGUGCAAUGAAAAAUGUUUUAAAACAUUUGCAAUGGAAAUGCAAAUAUGCAUUGCGUAGGACUUUACUGCAGACAAAUUAUCUAGUGGCUUCAUGGUUAAAAUGUUAUUAAUAUUUUUCAAAAUUA